CGAGGCAAACGGUCAUGGUGCAAUCGUUUCAUGCUAUAACGUUUUCAUUUCACCCGAUCCUUUUCCUCUCCAUCUACAUCACCAGUUUAUAGAAGUCGUAGAUAAAGGUUCAGAACUUGGGAAGUCUGAUGCAAUUUGUUGAAGUCCAUCAAAUCUGCUGUCUCUCAUUGUUGUAAAUUAAGGUUUACACAAAGUUGUUCUAAUUAAAGGAGAGAAUCUGACUAAGACUUGUGCCAAAGUGUUAUGCAAUUCCAAAGAGACUCUUGAAGAAGCAAGGAUUUCCAACUUCUCUAUUUAGAGAGCAGUAAUGAAUUUCAGGAAAAACAGUGACUGCUUCAAAUCUUGAGAAAUUACCUGGUGGUUUGAUUAUGGAGGAAAAGCUAAAGGAGGAGGUGGAGGAACUGAUUUCGACGGCGAAACGAGUUGAGUCAGCGGUUGCAGAGGCCAACUCGUUCAAGGUGGAUUGCCACUCGGUUGUAGGGUUAGUGCGUUGGUUGAGGCAGUGGCUUCAAUAUUUGGUCAAGCGCAUCUCCUCUGCCCCUGCACAGGCCCUGUACGACCGGCCGAUUGUCCGCAUCGUCGCUGAAGUCUCCAAGAGCCUCGAGCGUGCCCUGACCCUGGUCGGAAAGUGCAAGCGCCGGACUCUAUUUCCCCGGUUCGUCGGCGUCAACUGUAGAACUGAUUUUGGCAGGAUCUUUACUCUUCUACAAUCAUCAAUCGCCGACCUGAAGUGGUUGCUGAGCCUCAUCGACCUCGACCAUGGCUGCGUCGCCGGAGGAGGGUUUAUGUCUGUGCCUCCACUCGCAAUAAACGACCCGGUUAUCUCAUGGGUCUGGUCCUUCAUCGCCACCGUCAAAAUGGGUAAAUUAAUGGAUUGCAUCGACGCUGCCAACAAUCUCACUUUUCUCGCCGAAGGGAAUGAAAGAAACAAGAGAAUCAUCAUCGAAGAAGGGGGAAUCCCUCCUCUGCUAAAGCUUCUGAAGAACUCCUCGCCUGACGCGCAAAUCGCGGCGGUUAAUUCGCUUUAUGUUUUAGCAGAUAAUGAAGAGAGAGUGAAGACUAUUGUGGAACAAAAAGGAGUUCCACUAAUUGCUCAACUAUUCAGGGCUUCCCCCCUGAGGGUUCAGACGCCAGUGGUGAAUCUGAUGGCGAGAAUGGCGGAGAAGGAUCCCAAGGUCCAGGAGGCUUUCUACAAUGAGCAGGUGAUUUUACCACUCUUGAAAUUGCUUUCUUUGGACAUAGUUUCCGAUGAACUCGUCACAAACGGGCGCGUGCAGAAACAGAGCAUUCACUCUGUUCUUGAGAUGAAAAAGGAAAUCCACAAACACAAUUCGAUCGCACCCAAUUCGGAGAUCCAUAGUCGGUACAGGAACUUGUGCUUAAAUUGGUACUUCGAGGGAUGCAAUCGGGCGAAAAUGCAGAAGGAAGAGUGGGAGAAGGAGAAACCGGAGGUCAGAAAAGAGCUAAAGACUAAUUGUUCGAAGGCUCUAUGGAUGCUUUCUCAUAAAAGUGUUUCAAUUUGCAAAAAGAUAGCAGAGAGGAACGGAUUCAUGUACUUAGCGAAGUUGAUGGAGAAGGAACCGGAUGAAUUGCAGUUCAAUUGCUUGAUGACCGUAAUGGAGAUUGCGGCCACCGCUCAAACUGACCCCAAUUUCAGACACUCGGUGUUUAAGAUUAAUUCUCCAGGUGUAAGAGCCGUAGUGGAUCAGCUCUUGAGGGUGAUCAAAGAAUCGGGUACCCCUAAAUUUCAGAUUCCGGCAAUCAAAUCGAUCGGUUACCUGGCGAGGAUUUUUCCGGCAAAAGAGACUCAAGUGAUUGAUUCCCUUGUGGCGCAGCUUUUCAGUAAAUGCCAUGAUGUGGCGGAGGAAGCAGCAAUCGCUUUGAAGAAAUUUGUCUGUCCGGACAAUUAUCUCUGGAAGGAGCACAGAAAUUCAAUAAUCAAACUAAACGGUAGGGCAGCACUGAGGCUGUUGAUAGAAAAAGCGAGUCAUGAGGAGAGAGAUCUUCACAGCUACCUUAAUAACACCACCAGCCGCGAGGCACUGAAACAAGCCGGCCUGUCGACUGCGGCAGAAAAUAAGACGAACCGCGAGAGGCUUCAGCGGCGGGGGGAAAGACCGUUGACGAAUUGUCAGCCGUACCCCUUAAAUCCAUUUUGCCAUUUAGUUGUUAUUUUCAGGGAUAAGGAUGGAGCCGCUUCCAUAUAUGAAAAAAUUAAUAUUGGUGUUACCUGGACUUGCAUGGCAUGGGCUCCGUAGCGAAAUGUAUAAUUGGGCAUAGUGUGCUCCCUUAUCUUUGGGAGGAAUGUAAAUUAUGUAAUCACUCUAAACUUUAAUGAAGGGAUGUUGUUUGA